AUGUGUGGUAUUUUUGCUUACCUUAACUACCUUGUCGCCAAAGAUCGAAGAUUUAUCACUAAUACCCUUAUUAGCGGUUUGGCUCGUCUUGAAUACCGUGGUUAUGAUUCCGCAGGUUUAGCAAUCGAUGGAGAUUCUAACGAUGUACUCAUCUACAAACAAGUUGGCAAGGUUGCUGCUGUAAAAAAACUCGUUUCUGAGGCAACUGUUGACUUUGAAAAGGAAUUUGUUAGCCACUGUGGUAUGGCUCACACUCGUUGGGCUACUCACGGUGAACCUUCUCCAACAAACUCACAUCCUCAUCGUUCCGACCCAAGUGGUGAAUUUACCGUAGUUCAUAACGGUAUCAUCACUAAUUAUAAAGAAUUGAAAACUGUCCUCGAGAAAAAAGGUUAUAUGUUUGAAUCGGAAACUGAUACUGAAGCCGUUGCCAAACUUGCAAAAUAUUUGUAUGAUUCUCAAAAAUCUAAUGAAAAUCUGAGUUUCACCGCUCUUGUUAAAGGUGUUAUUAAGGAAUUGGAAGGUGCUUUUGCCUUGAUCUUCAAGAGUGUACGUUUCCCUAAUGAAGUUGUUGCUACGCGUCGUGGAUCUCCUUUAUUAGUUGGCGUCAAAACCGAAAAAAAAUUAAAAGUAGACUUUGUCGAUGUAGAAUUUGGUACAGACUCUGCCUUUGCGCCAACCGAGGAAAAAGUAGAUGGAAAUUUAUUAUCCCCUACAGACGGACAUCCUAAACUUAGACGCAGUCAAUCACGCGCCUUCUUAAGCGAAGAUGGUUUACCCCAACCAAUUGAAUACUUCCUUGCAUCCGAUCCUUCUGCUAUCGUUGAACAUACCAAACGCGUACUUUAUCUUGAGGAUGAUGAUAUUGCUCACAUUAGUGACGGAGAACUUCAUAUUCAUCGUCUAAGACGUGACGACGGAAUAUCAGCUGUUCGUUCUAUUCAAACUUUGGAGAUCGAAUUGGCUGAAAUUAUGAAAGGUUCUUUCGAUCACUUUAUGCAAAAGGAAAUUUUUGAACAACCUGAAUCAGUAGUAAACACUAUGCGUGGUCGCGUUAACUUUGAAAGUCAUAAAGUUACCCUAGGUGGUCUUAAAGCAUAUUUAGCAACUAUUCGACGUUGCAGGCGUAUAGUAUUUUGCGCUUGUGGAACAAGUUAUCAUUCUUGCGUUGCUACUCGUGCCAUUUUCGAAGAAUUGACAGAAAUUCCUGUCUCUGUAGAGUUAGCAAGUGAUUUUUUGGAUAGAAAGACUCCCAUAUUCAGAGAUGAUGUUUGUGUUUUCGUAUCACAGUCCGGUGAGACGGCAGACACAAUCCUUGCCUUAAGAUAUUGUCUUGAACGUGGAGCUCUUUGUCUUGGUAUUACCAACACUGUCGGUUCAACGAUCUCUCGAGAGACGCAUUGUGGUGUUCACAUCAAUGCGGGUCCGGAAAUUGGGGUCGCUUCAACCAAGGCAUAUACCUCACAAUUUAUUGCUUUGGUCAUGAUGGCUAUUCAAUUGAGCGAGGAUCGUUCAUCCAUGACUCAGCGACGAAAAAGCAUCAUUGAUGAGCUUAAAAAAUUACCCGAAUAUAUUCAAAAUGUUUUAAGUAUUGACAAAGAAUUAAAACAACUUGCCAAAGAUGUACUUUAUAAAGAAAAAAGUCUUUUGAUCAUGGGUCGUGGCUUCCAAAACGCUACAUGUUUAGAAGGCGCGUUAAAGAUCAAAGAAGUUUCAUAUAUGCAUUCCGAGGGUAUCUUAGCUGGUGAACUAAAACACGGUCCUUUGGCCCUUAUUGACGAAAACAUGCCUGUUAUCCUUAUCAUGACUAAAGAUUCUCUGUAUCCAAAAGUACAAAGUGCUCUUCAACAAGUUACGGCUCGUAAGGGUCAACCGAUUAUUAUCUGUAAUGAUGGAGAUGAGGGUAUAUCGAGUCAAUACAAGACAAUCCGUGUUCCACAGACGGUUGAUUGUCUGCAAGGACUUAUUACAAUCAUUCCUUUGCAGAUAUUAUCAUAUCAUUUGGCCGUUCUACAUGGAGUUGACGUUGAUUUCCCACGAAAUUUAGCUAAAUCGGAUAUCGGAAUCGAUUCUAAAGAGAUCGAAAAACUGCAGCGAAAGUCUGUAAUGUUAGACACCUAA